AUGGAGCUGGCGGCGAGCCAUUCCAGAGAACGGUAUAUAUUGAUGGCAUCGUGGACGAGUUGCGAUAUCAGCAAAUCAACCAACACGGGCAAAACUCCACAUUACCUCCUACCAACAGUAACAGUCGCUGCAUCCAUUGUGAAUAUUCAUUUCUCCCGGCAGAAGAUUGUGCAAUCACUCAAAGCGUGGUUACUUUCUUGCCUAGAUUGCUUCGCAUUCGGAACCACAUCCACAAUGACGGAGCCUCAAUUGCAGAGAGAAGUGCUUCGAACCAGGGAGGACGAACUUGUCAGCUUCACCGGCGCCUGGACGGAUGACUGA